AUGUAUGUUGAACCAUCUCUAAGAACAAAUGAUAGACUAGCACUUGAGUUUUUAAAAGAGGUGACUCAAUUUCGACGUGUAUCAGAGGCAGAGGUGCAAAUGGGAGAUGUUCAGGAUCCGGAUUUGAUAAGUGAUCUGCCUCAGAGCAUUAUAGAGAUCAUUCUCACUCGAUUACCAAUAAGAGACGCUGUAAGAACAAGCAUCUUGUCAAGCAAAUGGAGGUACCGAUGGACUACACUUACUCACCUUGUUUUCGACGACAAAUGUGUUCGGAUUUACAGUGAUAGACCAGUACUUGAGAACUGCAUGGUCAAAUUCAUCACUCGGGCACUGUUUCUUCACCAAGGACCUAUUCACAAGUUCCAGCUUUCUACUUCGUUUUUGCAAUGCUGCCCGGAUAUUGAUCAGUGGAUACUUUUCCUUUCAAGGAGUGAUAUUAAAGAGUUGGUACUUGAAUUAGGAGAAGGCGAGUGGUUUAGGGUACCAUCGUGUCUUUUCAAUUGCAAAAGGUUGACUCGUUUGGAGCUUUUUCGUUGUGAAUUUGAUCCCCCUCCUAGUUUUAAAGGAUUCUUGUCUUUGAGGAGCCUUAGUCUUCAUCAAGUUUUGGUUGCUCCUGAGGCAAUUGAAAGUCUGAUUUCCAGUUGCCCGCUUCUUGAAAGUCUUGCAUUGUCAUAUUUUGAUAGCUUAGCUCUUAAUAUCCGUGCUCCAAAUCUCAAGUACCUGUGCUUGGAAGGUGAAUUGACGGAUAUUUGUCUUGAAAAUACCCCACUUUUAGUUGCAAUGUCUGUUGCUAUGUAUAUGAAUGAUGAUAUUGCUGAAUACUUUGAGCAAAGUUCAAGUUGCAACUUCAUCAAGUUUCUAGGUGGUGUACCUCGUCUUGAGAGGCUUGUUGGGCACAUCUACUUUACAAAGUAUUUGAGCAUAGGUGAUUAUCCAGGAACACUUGCAAUCACCUACAGCCGCCUAAAAAUAAUUGAAUUGUAUCAAGUUAGUUUUGAAGAUAUGAAAGAGAUACGUGUUGUUCUUCGUCUGAUCGUGAACUCUCCUAAUCUGAAGGAACUUCAGAUCUCAGGCUCAUCAACCACAGUGCCUCCUGUAGAAGCACCGGAUUUGGAAUUUUGGGCGAAAGAGUGCCCUAAAGAUUGCACUUUUAAACAACUUAAAGUUGUAACGAUGACAGAUAUUUCUGGUGUGCCACAUGAAAUGGAAUUUAUGAAACUUUUGCUUGCGAAUUCCCCAGUGCUUGAGAAAAUGUCUAUCACACCCUGUGGAUAUGUCAUCGAUCCGAGAUUGAAUAUGCUUGUUCAGUUGGUCAGGUUUCGUAGGGCUUCUGCUGAAGCUGAAAUUAUAUUUAUCCAAGACGAAACGCUGUGUAUUUCGUGA